CUACGCAGGCGCAAUGAAUCUCAACAAUUCUCGGGAGGCUUUAUUAACGGAAGUUUAGCCGUCAAUUCGUCAGUAUUUUCGGUUGCGACGAAUACCAAAUUUUUGACGCAAUAGUUCCUUUGUUUAUAAUUUACUAAAGUUUCACAUUUAGAAAGGAACUUGUAAUUUCAUUGAAAAUGUAUCGUCUACUUUUUGGCCUGUGUGCUUUCUUAGCACUGGCCAGCGCAAAUUUUGUAAGGAUUCCAUUGUAUAAAAUGGACACUGUUCGUAAACAGUUAAAGGAAGUUAAUACAGAAGUAGCUCAGGUGCAUCUUUUCGAAGGAUCAGGCGCUGUGCCGGAACCUCUCUCUAACUACCUGGAUGCCCAAUAUUAUGGACUGAUCAGUAUUGGAACUCCUCCACAAGACUUCAGAGUAGUUUUCGAUACUGGUUCCUCUAAUCUGUGGGUUCCUUCCAAAAGUUGUUCUUUGACCAACCUUGCUUGUAAAUUGCAUCACAAAUAUGAUAGUAGCAAAUCAAGCAGUUACAAGAAAAAUGGGACAGAUUUUUCCAUUCGUUAUGGCUCUGGAAGUCUCUCUGGUUACCUAUCUACUGAUACCGUAGGGAUUGCUGGAAUUAAAGUUAUGGAUCAAACAUUCGCAGAAGCAAUACGCGAACCUGGUUUAGCUUUCCUUGCUGCUAAGUUUGACGGUAUUAUGGGAAUGGCUUAUUCUAAGAUCUCUGUGGAUGGUGUAACACCAGUUUUCUAUAAUAUGGUCAAGCAAGGAUUAGUACCUCAACCUAUUUUCAGUUUCUACUUGAACAGAGAUCCUAAAGCCGAAGUUGGUGGAGAGAUGCUCUUAGGUGGUUCAGAUCCAGAUCAUUAUGUAGGUGACUUCACCUAUGUUCCUGUAGACCGUAAGGGUUACUGGCAAUUUAAAAUGGACAAAGUUACAGUGGGUUCUGAUGUUACUGUAUGCCAAAAUGGCUGUGAAGCUAUUGCUGAUACAGGCACCUCUUUGAUAGCUGGUCCCGUUGACGAAGUUAAGGCCAUCAAUAAAAAAAUUGGAGCUACACAAAUUAUAAACGGAGAGGCCAUGAUUGACUGUAAUUUAAUUCCUAAUUUGCCUGACAUCACGUUUACCUUCGGCGGGCGUGACUUCUCGCUGAAAGGAGAGGACUAUGUUUUGAAGGUAACAAGUCUCGGAAAGACAGUUUGCCUGAGUGGAUUUAUGGGAAUGGACAUUCCUCCGCCAAACGGUCCGCUAUGGAUUUUGGGAGAUGUAUUCAUUGGUCGUUACUACACUGAAUUCGAUAUGGGAAACAAUCGUAUCGGUUUCGCCCAAGCUAAAUAAACGCGUUAAUUCAGAAAAGAUUCUAUGGUGUGUACUUAUUCCGCCAGUACACUUAUUUUAGUACAACUAAAAUUGGUUUUAAACUUCUAUGUUAAUUGAAAUUGCAUUUUUGUGCCACUUAUGAGUACCAUAUAGUAACUAUGAUACGAUUAGCGAGCGUUAACGAGCAAUAAAUACUUUAUUGUAACAAUGCCUGUAACGAACAAAAAAUUUGCAAAGGAUAAAGUUAUAAGUAAUUUUUUUCGUGUUGUGUAUUCUUUUGUAUAUAUUUGAAAAGAAAUAAAGGAGAAAAUCUAAAAUA